AUGGUGGCUGUCAAGAGGAAACGUCAGUGUCCUACUCGUCGUGAUCCACCGGUGAGUCCACCGGUCAGGACCACCACCAAUGAUGCGUUCCUCGUAGGAGGCGGAAGAUUGAGCAUCGGUGAUACAAUUUUGAGAAAUACUCAAACUUGUUAUCUGGUUGAUAAGUGGAUUCCAUUUAUCGAACCGCUUGUGCUAAGCCCUCAAAUCCAGCAGCCAAUUUGGAGGGAAAUGGUACCUUACAACACAAUUCCAUACGUAGGAAGCAGUACCAAUGGAAACCUCACACUAAAGCCGGUGCAUCCACCUACCCUUGGUUUGGUUGGGCAAGUCUGUCAGCCAUUUCAGAAUCAGUAUGGCAUGAGCAAUGAUCCAAUAACGAAUGUGAGUCAACCAAGGGAAGAUCCUUUUGAUCCCAUGAACCGCGAGCUUGGAGUGGGAGGGGAAGGAAGCAGCAGCAACAACACCAUCACCAUGACCACCAACGAUGGUCUUCGGCAAGAGACACCACCACCACCACCAACAACACCAUGA